UUGGAUGGAUGAGUUUAAUAAGAGCGCCCUGGUAAUGAUGAUGCUCACGGAAAUAGAAUUGGGGCCCGUUUUUCGGCGGUGCCGUCACUGGCGAGCGUCACUGAGCAGUUCGCUUUAAGCCUGCGUACAUUGCGAUGAAUCGCCUUCCCCGUGUCUCGGCACCACCGGCUGCAAAACGCGGGCACAGGAGCCCCACGUCCCAUCCUGCGCUCUUGGGGCCGUGUUGCUGGAGCCGCAGACACACACACACACGCCGGUUUUUCGUCGCACGCCCGACAUGAUCAAUGAGAGAUGCACACGCGUGCUCCCUUCCACCUUGGCAUAUACGAACUACACGUGUGAGCACGCAGGGCUGAUAUAGUUGCGCACACAGGUUCGAUACGUCAGAUGUGUACACGCGUGUCCGCUCCCCCCCCCCCCUCUGUGCCCAACACACGCGUGUGUUCGGAGAUGGCACGUACAUUAGACACAUUCAGAGCCUUGGCUGGCGCAUCAAACGUAGCUUGAACACGCGUGUUUGAAGGCGGCGUACAAUACGCGUGCGCUCUCCUGUCUGACACAUCCACUCCCGUGCCCGUGUGUCUCUCUCUCGGCGGAAGCAUCGGUCCCGCGCACAAACUCGUGGGUGCAUCACGCAUUGAGACGCGCGGCGCGCCACUUGAGACGGCGCCGUUCGCAGCUGCACUUAACGAGCGGCAGCCUUUUAAUUGCCACUGGUGCGGGCGUCGGUGGGAGAUUGAGGAGGAGCGCUGUGGGAGUCUGGGUUGGCUCAGAUGUGGGGGGAGGGGGGGGUUGCCGUCAGGAUCAGCCAUGCGGCCGUGGUAGUGGCCCCUGGGACCCUCCUCCUGAUCCCUCCUUCUCCUCCUGCUCCCUCCCCUUCCUGCUCCCUCCACCCCACCCCCACUUGGUGCCGAGUCUGUGCGCGCCUGGCACAGGCGUGUGACACUCGGGGUGGGUAACGCAGUGGGGAGCAGCAGCAGCAGCAGAAGGUAGGAGGAGGAACGGGGUUGGUGUGGCGAGAAGAGAGAGUGGAAGGCGGCAGGAACAAGAGGACACAACAACCACGCGCAGACUUGGCUGGGACACGCAACGCAACAAUGCGCCCGCUGCUGGGGCAAACGCUGCUACUGCUCCACGUGUGCGCGCUCGCGAGCGGCGCGGCAUCGUCCCCCGGCCCUGCGUGCGACCGCCCGCUCGAAUCUCUGCUCGGGCCCGGUGCCUACGGCGCCUCGUCGGAGCUCUCGCCGGCACUGGCCGCCCACUUCGCAAAGCUCAACAGCAGGGAAGGUGCGGGCGGCUGGGCUCCCUCACCCGCUGACCCCUCCCCGUGGCUCCAGCUCGACCUGGGCGGCCGGUCGCGGGUCACGGCCGUGGCCACGCAGGGCCGCUACGGCUCGUCCGAGUGGGUGGCGCGUUACCAGCUGCUGCACAGCGACACGGGCAGCAACUGGAAGCGGUACCAGCGCGACGACAACCUCUGGGCAUUCGGUGGCAAUGAGAACUCGGACGGCCGGGUCCGGCACGAGCUGCCGCGGCCGCUGGUCACCCGGUUCCUGCGAUUCGCGCCGCUCGAUCCGGGAACCCCGGCGCGCAUCGGGCUACGCGUGGCCGUCUACGGCUGCCCAUACACUUCAGACGUGGCACACUUGGACGGGCGCAGCGCCCUGGCGUACCGCUUUGCGCACAAGAGCAUGCGCACGCUGAAGGACGCCGUGGCGCUGCGCUUCAAGACGGCCGCGGCGGACGGUGUGCUGCUGCACGGGGAGGGCCAGCAGGGAGACUUCCUCACGCUGGCGGUUCACCGCGCCCGCCUGCAGUUGCACCUCAACCUCGGCAGCAGGCAGCAGCGUGCGCCCACGGGACACACGAGCGUGACAGUGGGCACGCUGCUCGACGACCAGCACUGGCACAGCGUGAGCCUCCAUCGCCACGGCCGCCACGUCAACCUCACGCUCGACGGGCACACACGCCACCUCCGCACCAACGGCGACUUUGACUACCUGGACCUAGACUACCAGUUGAGCUUUGGAGGGCUGUCCACUCCCGGGAAGGGCAGAAGCAGCUUUAAGCGGAACUUCCAGGGUUGUCUGGAAAACGUCAGCUACAACGGUGUCAACCUCAUAGAUCUGGCCAAGCGGAGGAAGCCAGCCGUGUACAUCACGGGGAACGUGUCCUUUGCGUGCGCCGAGCCGCGGGUGGUGCCCAUUACGUUCCCGCUGCCCGGCAGCUCCCUGUGGCUGUGGGGGCCGGCGUGGCACGAGGCGCUGUCCGUGGUGCUGGAGCUGCGCACGUGGAGCGCUCGUGGGACGCUUGUCUACACGGCCUUCUCGCCCGCUGGCCCGCGGGCGUCCUCCCUGAGCAUCGGUCUGGACGAUGGCCGCCUCACCGUGACACUUUUGCAGCCGGGCCGCGACGCCCUGCACCUGUCUGCCGGCUCAGAUCUGAACGACGGCCAGUGGCAUUCCGUGAGUGUCUCACUACGGAGGAACUUUGUCGGUGUGACCCUGGAUGGGGACGAAGCAUCUGCCAUCCAGUCGUACAACCCGCUGGACAUACUGACGGGGGAUGUUUACUACCUCGGAGGAUGUCCGGCAGUGGCAGCGCCAGGACAGUGCCGGGCUCCACAUGGCUCGUUCCUCGGCUGCCUGCGCUCCAUACGCAUCGCCGAGCAGGACCUGGACAUGGGUCUCGUGGAGCAGGGCAUGCUGGGAAAUUUUACCGGUGCACAGCUCAACACGUGUGGCAUCCUCGACAGGUGCCUCCCAAACCACUGCGAACACGGAGGGCAAUGCAGCCAAGAGUGGGACUCAUUCUUCUGUGAUUGCGAUGGCACAGGAUACCUGGGAGACACCUGUCACAAUCCCGUGUUCGAGCGGUCCUGCGAAGCGUACAAGCACUUGGGUGGCACGUCCGGCUUCUACCACAUCGACCUGGAUGGCAGCGGUCCUCUGGGCCCUCUGCUCGUUUACUGCAACGUCACAGAGGAGCGCGUGUGGACCGUGCUGGCGCAUGAUGGCACCGACGAGCGCCGAGUGCCGGGGACGAGCACGGCGCUCGCCUUCGUUGCUCGAUUCGUCUACAACGCCAGCUCGGAGCAACUCUCCGCGCUCGUGGAGCAGGCCGAGCAGUGCCGGCAGGAGGUUGCCUACUACUGCCGGCGCUCGCGUCUCCUCAACUCGCCCGACGGGCCUCCCUUCACCUGGUGGGUCAGCAGGACCAACGAGCGGCAGCACUACUGGGGCGGCUCCAGCCCGGGCGUGCAGAAGUGUGCGUGCGGCGUGGAGCGAAACUGCACGGAGGAGCACGUCCACUGCAACUGCGACGCUGACCGUGACGAGUGGAUGCACGAUUCCGGUUGGCUGACGAACAAGGAGCACCUGCCGGUGACGCAGCUCGUCAUUGGCGACGCGAACCGCUCGCGCUCGGCCGCCAGCUACCUCGUGGGGCCGCUGCGUUGCCACGGCGACAAACAUUUUUGGAACGCAGCGUCGUUCUCCAACCGCACGGCGUACUUGCUGUUCCCGACGUUCCGUGGCGAGAAGAGCGCUGACAUCUCUUUUUACUUCAAAACGGUGGCACCGUUUGGAACCUUCCUGGAGAACCUGGGGCUGCAGCACUUUCUGCGCCUGGAGCUGAAGAGCCCACUGGAGGUGAGCUUGCGCUUUGACGUGGGCGAUGGCCCUGUGGAGCUGAUCGCUGUAUCCCCGUGGCCGCUCAACGACGAUCAGUGGCACCGGGUUUGCGCCGAGCGCAACGUGAAGCGCGCCUCCCUGCAGGUGGACGAGCUGCCCCGGCGGGUACGCCGCUCGCCCCCCGAUGGACACACGCGCCUACGCCUCAACAGCCAGCUCUUCGUGGGUGCCACUGCGUCCGGGAAGAGAGGCUUCCUGGGCUGCCUGCGCGCGCUGCAGAUGAACGGCGUCACGCUAAGCCUGGAGGAGAGAGCGCGCACCGCGGUUGGCGGAGUGAACCCAGGCUGCACGGGCCACUGCAGCAGCUACGGGUCGCUGUGCCGCAACGGCGGGCGCUGUGUGGAGCGCUACAGCGGCUACUCGUGCGACUGCACGCACACGCCAUUCGACGGGCCUUUCUGCACGCAAGAGGUGGGUGCCUACUUCGAGGCAGGCACAGUGGUGCAGUUCUCCCUGGACUCGGAGUCGCGGGAGCAGAGCAUAGAAGAGGACGAGGACGAGCAAGCAGAGGAGGAGGAAGGGGUGGCGGCGGCGGUAGCAUCCAGUCUUGGCAGGGAUGAUCUAGAUGAGGAGAGGGCGAUCUUCAGCUUCAGCACGGUGCACGCUCCCGCUGUGCUGCUCCACGCCAGCACCCACGCAUACCCGUCCUCCUACCUCGCCAUCGUCCUCGAGCACAACGGCAGCCUGCAGCUGUGGUUUGGUGGCAGUGGAACCUCGUCGCCACGCACCGUCUCGGCCGGCAUGCGGAACCUGGCCGACGGGCAGGUCCACGCGGUGAACAUGACGCGGCGCGGCACCCUCAUCCUCCUGCAGCUGGACCAUUACCUCCCCACUGCGCAUCGCCUGCCGACCGGCCAUGCCCCUUAUCCCCGAGCUGCCGACACACUCUACCUCGGCCGAGUGCCCGACGAGGUACCACUGGAGCCGGAGGUCGCUGGGCUGAACUGGCGAGGGUUCGGCGGCUGCCUCUCCCGAGUGCAGUACAACGGCUGGGCGCCGCUCAAGGCCGCCCUGCGCCAGGGACCGCACUCCUCACUUGUCGUCACGGUGAUGGGUCGCCUCGUCCCUUCCAGCUGUGCGGCCGUGCCUCAGACGGUCGCUCCGGUGUCCCCGAGCACGCCUUACCCGUGGGCACACCAGCAUGAAGCGGAGGAGGAAUGGAGCGAGGACCCUGUCUCGACACCGCUGAGCGCUGACUCGAUUGUGAUAGGAGGAGCGAUCACAGCGUCGUCCUUUGUCAUCCUGGCCGUGCUGGUGCUCAUCACGCGCUACGUGCUGCGGCACAAGGGCACGUACCACACGCACGAAGUGAAGGGCUCCGACGCGGGUGGAAAAGCGGACGCCAUCAGCCCCUUGCCGCCGCCGCCGCCACCGCCGCUGCCGCCAGUGCGUACUGACGAGAGCCCUCGCGAGUGGUUUAUCUGAGACGGCAGCACCUGCGGUUUGUGUGCAAACGUAAUGUGAAAUUGCAGAUGUUUGUUGUGCGGUCCGUUUGUGUUCAAAUUGUUUUACGUAUUUAUUUAUCAUUAUUGACUCUUAAGGGAUGAUUUGAAUAAAAAAAAGAAAUUGCUGUAAAUUACAUUUUAGAGCGGGAAUAGAAAAUUGGCUCUGGAUGUUUGCGUGAAGCGUUUAAGUGGAUUGUAAAACACCACGCUGAAAUCCGAAAAAUGUAUACAUAUUAAAAAAAUCCCCAUCAGUCUAGGACUGACUAACCAAAAAUAAGCACACGCUUUGGGACUGGAAUCCUGAUUCAAGUGGUGAAUGAUGAAUGUGGACGAUUCAUUGGCAGAAAUGCGGAUGGUAGGGAUUGAAUGAUGUAUUGCAGACGUUGUUGCACAAGCUGUACAUUUGUGAUUAAUGUGUUCUUUUUGAAAGUCUUUUUGACACAGUGGGAAUUGCACAAGAUGUUUUAGUGAAAUAAAACGUGAAGAUUGUAAAGUAUAAGGCAAGUGUAAAUCCAUCUGACGAUGUAAUCUGUCUAUUAGCAUUAACUUCCGUGGCAUUUGGGACAUGAGCAUCUGUAUCACGUGAUUUCUGUUGAUCUCGUUUGGCCUCGUGCAGCGGCACAGGUGGCCAAGACGUUCACUGGAAUCCCUGUAUAAACCUCUCUCUGCAGAUGGUUCCCACAUCCCAAGGAGGUUUUACGAAAGUGAUGAAUUGGAAGCUCCUGCAAGGGGCAGUCACUGAUUUAACUAUAUUUUUAAAUAUAUGCGAACUUAGCUGUAAGGGUAUAUGCGUGGUUCACAUGAUCAAGUUUGUGCUGUGAUGUGUGUGAAUCAUUUGAAAAACCUUCACGAUCAAAUUUGCACUCAGUUGGCCAAAUACAACCUGUUUUGAUUCUGAACGGCAAUGAUAAGCAGGAUGAUGAUAAACUUUCGUGAACUUUUAUUAAUAGCAAAUUAAUAUUCAAUAUAAUGUGUACGUGAAAUUGUAUUAAAAUGUAUUUACCACAAUGCAAUUUCAAACAUAAUUUAAUUUAGCGCUAAUAAUUUAUCACCUUCAGGAUGACAAAGCGUUCCAUUGCCGAGCUUGUUCUUUUGACAUUCCCAAUUAGUUUAUUUUGGCUUAGAUCGUGUAAGUAUAAUGUCAAAUUUGACAUUCCCAUUGUCAUUUGCAAACAUUGCGUAAUGAAAUUGUCCAGUAAUGCAGCCGUUGCGGAGGAGGGUGCAGACUCGGUCAUGUUGCAUAUGUUCAUAAAAAGUUGUCAGUGCGCUUCUCACACCCGCACGUCGCAUCACGCCCUCAGAGGCACCAGUGUGCAGCGAGGCAGCUGCUGUUCGGUCACAAUAGUGUGUGGUUUUACGCCACGUCGGUAUUUGCUUGUCGGCGCUUGACUGUGGAGGCCACUUGUUUUCUCACAGAAAGUCUGCAUGCUCUGUCAAAACCUGCCACAUGAAUGGUGGCUGGCAGGGAUGGGCUCGUGGUUCCUUUACCUCAGCCCUGCAGAGCUUUAAAUCCGUUUUUGCAUAUACGGCCAUUAUGACGAAUAUAUAACACGACGUGGCCACUGUAAAGCUCAGUCAUGUCUGUUUCCACUGCUAGGUUACGUCCUCUCAAUGUCACCACCUCCUUUCCAACAGGAGGAAACACACAUUUUGCUUUCUUAAGUAUUUAUUGUUACGAGAGCAUUUUGUUUUUAGUCACGUGCAGUAUCUCCUGAUUGGCUACUUUUAAGACCGAACAAGGUAAUUAACUUUUGAGUGCAAUUUAUCUGUGUUUAACAUCAUAAACUAAACUUUUACGUACUGCAUAAUGCAUAUAUUGUAAACGGCUGUUACAAGCACAUUAGAAAAUUAUUGUCUGUUGUAUAUAUAUUUUAAAAAACGUUCCUAAAUUGUGCGUACAACGUUGUCUUCUUUUCCGCCCUUUAUGAGAGCAAUGUGUGCCUCCAUAUCACCAAUGAGCACACGUCGCCACAAUGCAGGCAGCAGUGUCCUGGUGGAUUGACACGUAAAUGCAAGGAUUAUUGUGAAGGUGGUUGGUAUGUGGAGGCAUUUCAAAUCCCAAAACUGCUCAGCGAUGAUGGCCAUUACCAAGGUGUAUUUUCUGCUGUACAGUACUGGUAUAUUGGACAUUAAGGACUUGAUGAAAUAUUCUGCAUGAGUAGGCCAUAGAGUGCCAAUGUCUUAUGCCAAAAUGUAUCAGUUUGUUUAAAUGUACUGACGAUGAUACAUUUGGAUGUAAAAACCUCAGUCUGGACCCCCACGCUUCAAUUAAAUACAGUAUAGUAUGCGUGCAUAUGUUAUGUUAUUCGAGUAAUUUGCUUCAUUUAUGACCAUUCUUGUUUCAGGAAAUCUGUUAUAACGUUUGAAUAGUAGUCUCAUAUGACGGCAGCAAUCAAUACUGUUAGGCCAAGGGAUGUGUAUUUUUAACUUGCCUAAUAGAAUGUUCCAACGUGAUUCAUGUGCACAUAUUAUUUUGGUUUGACAACUCGUCAUGUUAGAAAUAAAGGUAUUUUUAUUUUAAUUAUGUUUAAAUAAUGUGGAAAGGAUGUAAUUAGCAGGUGCUCGUGUGCUGUGCCGAGAGUGAGAUUGUGAUCGGGAAAUGCGGCUCCCUGUUGCAUCAAUGCUACUUUUUGAUGUGUUGGCAGAAGACAAAAUCUGCUAAAAGCACAUUGCUGUAUUUGCUGUUUCAGCCUGGAGUAAACACACGCUGGUA